CAUUGCUAAAAAUCGUGAUUGUAAAAAUAUCUGCGAUUCUUUGUUAAAGGAAAAAAAAUAAGAAAAUGAAUCUUAAAAAAAAGAAAGAGAAAAAUCAUCACGUUCCUAUCGCAUGGCAGAUGAAGAUUUUUUUUCUAUCCCUGAUUUUUCUCACGGCUACCGCUUUCCCUCUGAUAUUUCAAUCGUUGGCCAUAUCUCUUCCCUCUCCUUGAUUUUUCGAGCUGCCUUCUCUCUGAUUUUUCUACAGUCGUCGGUAUUAUCUCUACGCGCGCAAGUGAAAAAUCUCACCGCCGUUGCCUCGCUCCCAUCCGCUCGGCCACCCUGGAUAAAAAUCCCACCGCGGUGUUCAUCUUCUGCUCUCAGCCGAGCGCCCCUGCCCUGCUCUUCUAUCUACGCAUCGCCCUGGUGUUCUUCUCUAGCCGUCGGAGUAGUAGCCAUGGCUUCCAAGCGCUCGUUCUCAGUCUCUGGCGGUAGCUUCUCCCUGCUCCGGUGACUGGUGCUCGGCUCCUCCCCAGCAUCUCCUCGACCCUGCCUAGAAUCCGCCGCACCCUGCUCUCGGUUUGUGCUCGCUUGUGCUCCAGCCAUGGCGCGCCGGCUCCCUGCUGCGCCCGCUGCUGGUUCCCCCUGCUCGCCCGGCUCGCCAUGGAGCCUCACCGUCGCAGCUCCUGCUCGGAUUUCCCUUCCCAGCCGAAAUUCCUCCCUCUGCUCGAGUCCCUCUGCCCAUCUCCACGGCCAACCGCACGGCUCCCUGAUGCACACGUCUCUGCCCCAGCUCGCUCGGACCUCGCCGCGGCCUACCCUCUGCGCCGUGCCCCUGGUCCCGGCCUCAGUCCGCCCACUCCCCAUGGCGCGCCCGCCUUGCUUCUCCAGCGUCGCGUCCCUCCCCAUCUCCUCUGCUCCCUCCAGCUCGCAGAAGCUCCCAGCCGAGCCCCUCUCCAGCCGUGGCCGCGUCUUUCGUGCUCCGGCUCGCUGGCGAGCGCCGCUGCUCCCUCUUCCGUGGUCCCUGGCUCGUCUUUGGUGCUCGCCUGGCUGCGCCCCUUAGCUCUCGACCAUGGUGGUCGCCCAUGGCCGUGUUCUGUUUUUCUCCCCGCAGCGCUCGACGCCUUAGAACCUGCAUAGCUCUGUUCGUCUCGUCAUUACCUUGCUACUGCCUCCGGUGUGGAGUGAUUUGCGUGUGUCGAUGAAGCAAGCGAAGUCCCACAACGUCCGCUAGGUGUUCGACAAAAAAAGAGACAUGAGCCAAGUGUUGUCGAGCCCGUCCCGUGGUUUUCCCUGUCUUGUGCUCGCGCGGUUUUCUGCUCGCUUGCGUGCCCUCUCGACUCGCUCGGCUUUAAUUUCCAAUCGCGUCGUCGAUCUCGUCGUUUGCCGUCGAGUCGUCAAACACGUCAUCCCAGCUCGAUCCUCACCUCACCAGCUUACCCCAGACUUCAAUCGAAGGUCGUCGUCGUUCGUGCAUCCCCAAGAAAACCCAAGAAUCGAGUGAAGACGAAGUUAGCAGCGCGAUUUUCCCCAAGCGCUCAACCAAUUGCCUGGAUCGGAAAAUCGCUACCGAUCUCGCGGAUUCGUGUCAGCUGUGGAAACGGUAAGCUGAUAAAUUAUUCAGAAUAGUUUGAUCGAUGAAUAAAUUAAUGUGCUAGUGCGAUGCUCAUUAAGGUGCUCGAUAAAUUGCGUAAGUCACGAAACUCUCGUCGACUUCGCAGUUCUUGCGAUUAUCGAGCCAGGUUCAGUUAUAGCGAGUUAUUUCGCUAUUCCGGUCAAUUAGCUGAAUUAAUGUACCAAGUAGAAUUUUGGUAGGCAUGUG